AUGCCUUCGGUGGACGUGGAUGUCACUGCUAUCCCUGACAUGAUUGAGGCACAGCUCACGCUUAGCUAUAACCGCCUCACACAUCUGGUCCGCCUUAUCGUCGAUCAGGGCAACGGCCACGACGUAGACAUUGAUAAACUCACCAGCCGUAUUGAUGCACUGACGAUGGAGAAUGAUGAACUGAGAAAGCACGUGGAGUCUCUUAUGGCAGAAAGAUUUCGCAACGAUGAGAUGCAAAAUGAACUAGAUGCAAUGCGACAGGAGCUAUCCCGUCUGUCGAAUGCCUGCGCUGAGAACAAGGAGUGGCUGGAUUCCUCCACGAAGGCGAAUCAGCAGCAGUUUAUUGACCUGGAACAAAGUCUGAAAAAGGAGUCCGAUGUGCGCACGAAUGAUCUAGACCAGGCGUUUAACUCCAUUCGAGAGCUGCAGGAAUUCAACCGCGCAGUGGAGCAGACGAUGAGCUUCUUCAACAGCUUCAUAGCAAUGUGGGAAAGCCAACCGGAUAGGGUGGAGCCGCUGACGCGAUGUGGACCAGAUGGUGGGUUUGAGCACUCUACAACGGAGCGUGUUGAGUAUCUGCAUUCCCUUCCCGCCUUUGCCGCCGUGUUUGACGAGCUGGAAGUGAUGCGCCAAAUGCUCCGACAUCAAGCUUCUGAUGCCCUGACAGCUAAAAAUGUUGCGGGCGCAAUACGGCGUGUUAGUGCCGCUGAAGCUGCUGCCUCUCCUACAGAAAACAAAGCAACUGCUUUUGACCGCAGUCUUCUUGAUAAGUUGCAGAUCUCUCUGAAUGAGGUGGAGAAGCGUGUGACAACGCUGGAGACCAGGCGGAUUCCUGCAAUUGAAGAUGCACAGCGUCAGCAGCAGCAACAGGCGUCGGACACGACAGAGAGUAAUAAUAGGGUUACCAAGCUCGCCGACCGUCUACAGCAAACUGAGAAUCGUUUACACAACCUAACUUUCCAGGCAUCAGAUGGGGCUAGCCUUGAAAAGGCCCUUCUGACGGACAUCGAGGAGCGUGUGCGAGCCCUGGAAAACACAGUAGAAGGUAUCCCGUUUGCAACAAACACUCAGCAGCUGCAAGUUGAAAAGGGUGUCGAGUGUGCCGAACUCCCAGUUAUCGAAGUGCCACAGCGGCCUCUCUCAGCGCAGCGGCAGCGCCCGGCGUCGGCAAAGCGCAUGUCGUUACCACCCCCGAGUGAUGCCACUGCCACGGUGACAGUGGAAGAGGCAUCACCGUCGUCGGCAUUCGACACCCGUCCGAUGAGCGGCAAGGGUGAAUUCCCCGAGCUGCCAAUCACCCAGCGGAAAGGAGGCAGCGCGAGACCCGUGUCGCCGCGCCACAGUGUGCACUCUUCUGUUGAGCAGCCCAAUGUCGAGGCGUAUCGUCGCCAGUCCACAGUGACGCCCGGAUCGCCGUCACAGGUGCAGGUUCUGGAACAGGACGAUGGGCUGCGGCGCCGCGUCGCGCAGCUAGAGGAAAACUCGGCGAUACUGGAGAUGAAGAAGGCUGACCGCCGCGAGCUGGCUCAGUUGGAGGAGGCAGUGCGGCUGGUGCUGCAGAACCCAAUGGGGAUGCAGGCGGCGGCCCUGGGGCGCAGCCUUAUGCCGCAACGCCCCAUGUCUCAGGCUGAUAUGCGGCUGGGAUACGCCCCGGAGAGUGCGUACGCCACUCCCUCGCUGCAUGGGCCAAGGAGCGCACCACCGGGCCGCCCGAUGUUUGUUGGUGGGACGGCGCAUCACUUGCGCGACGCCUCGGGCAACAGAACAAGCGCGACGAUUUCUCCGUCACACCUUCAAUAA